AUGGAGAGCGACCUCGGGAUGCCUGAGCGGAUUGUUCUCCAGACGGCAGAGCAUGUCGAGAAAAAAGUGGCACAUUUGGCACCAGCCAGAAUGGUAGAUGAUUCUUGAAAGAGGUGUGGUCCAGGUCAGGCACUCUCCGGUGGCAGAUCUGAAGUCCUCGGACGGGAACGACUCGCACCCGGUGCACAAACCCGGCUGGCCGCGCAGCUUGCGAGAUGUAUCCAGCACGUCGUUCUUCGUUUGGUCGUCUACCUCGCCAGGACUGAAUUUGAUAUCCUCGAUCGUUUCCUCGACUUCUCGUUUGGCGGAGGCGGCCAGGUUUGUAGCAGACGUCUACACAGAGGCGCAAAAGCCCGAGACCUGGGAGGCGAAGGAUGGCGUUGCCACAGCUGA